CGGCGCACACGACAGGAAGUUCACAGCAGGAAGAUUCCAGAGGAUGUGAAGCUGAAAAGGAGACAACCAUUAUGACUGAGGAUCUUUCUGAAGACGAGGAGAAGGUGAAAGAGCCCAGGGUAAGAGAGACCCCAGAAGAUGUCACCUUUGAUGCUACUGUAAAUACGAUAGCUUUUCACCCAACGCGGGAUGUCAUUGCAGCUGGGGAUGUGGAUGGCGAUGUCUAUGUCAUCUCCUAUUCAUGUGAGGAGUCUGGAAAUGAGGAACUGUGGUCAUCAGGACAUCACAUGAAAUCUUGUCGCCAGCUGGAAUUUACCCAGAAUGGGCAAGAGCUUUUCACAGUUUCCAAGGAUAAAUCGAUUCACAUUCUCAAUGUCGAGAGAGGCAAAUUGGUUACAAGGAUUCCAAAAGCUCACAGUGCCGCCAUUAAUAGCUUGAAGCUGAUCGAUGAAAAUCUCUUUGCCACGGGUGACGACAAUGGUUUAUUGAAAGUGUGGGACUUACGAAAGGGAACCUCACUUAUGGAGAUGAAAAACCAUGACGACUACAUCAGUGACAUCACGAUCGACCAGAACAAGAAGAUUCUGCUCACGACCAGCGGUGAUGGUACAAUGUGUGUUUUUAACAUCAAGAGGCGCCGUUUUGACCUGCAGUCGGAAUUUCAGGAUGGUGACCUUACGUCGUUGGCUAUAAUGAAGCGAGGCAGUAAGGUGGUCUGCAGUUCGACUGCGGGAAUGAUCUACCUCUUCAACUGGGAUGGGUUUGGAGCCACCAGUGAUCGAUUCCUGGUGCCAGGAGAAUCCAUUGACAGUAUUGUUCCCGUCAGUGAUACUAUUCUGUGCACAGCCUCAAUGGAUGGAGUCAUCAGGGCUGUGAAUAUUUUUCCGAACCGAGUGAUUGGGAGUGUGGGGCAGCACGUGGGAGAGCCCAUUGAACAGAUUGCCAUAUCCCACGAGGGCCGAUUCCUGGCCAGCUGUGCCCAUGACCAGAAGGUGAAAUUUUGGGAUAUUUCUGACCUGCAUAAGGUGGUUGUUGAUGACUACAGGAGAAGGAAGAAACGUGGCAAGCUGGAAUCCCUGAGCAGGAAGGCCUUUGGGUCCGGAAGUGACUUCUUUGCUGACCUUGUGGAAGGAGAAGAGGAGAAAGAGAGUGAUAGUGAUGUAGAGUAGGAGUGCUUUGUGGAUGAGUAGUUAGUGCACCCUCCUCACUGCUCUGCCUCAGGACUUGGGGAAACAAGGUGUUCCUCAUCCCCUUCACCUGCACAGACUCCAGCUCACCGAGCCACAUCCUCAAAAAGCAUUUCCUGUUUCAGUUGUACUUUCCCCUUAGUUUAUGAUGUGAUACCUGUGUAUGUUAGUUGGCAGAUGAACUGUGUGGGGCUUCACAGAUAUCCCAUCAGCCCCCCUCCCCUGUUCCUUAGUUACUGAUCCUGGGCACCUGCCUUUAUUUUUUUCUCAUUAUCCGGGUUGAAUUUAUAGCGUGACCUCAGACUACAUAUCAGGCCAUUUCAAAACUCCCCUUUCUUCUGGCAAUCUCACAACAACCAGAGUGAGAGAAUUUACCUUCAGAAUUGGGGUUUAUUGUCACACAUACUCAUCUUCCGGGAUACAGGAAUACAGUGAGAAGUGUACAAAGUGGCCUUUUCCAUCUGUGCUGCAGCUCCUCUGUCCAGUCUGGACUCCCGGUCCAUCCAAGCUCCUGGUCUGUCUGUGGGUCUUGCUGAGCUGAGAUAAAGUCCAGUUUUCCAGGUGGCAGUGGCAGCCCCUGAACCCACUCCCAACUGUCUUACGAUUGAUAGUGGAACGGUGGAGGGAGUGGAGAGGGUGUGCAAGGACCCAUCGCUUCUAGAUUGAACGCAAGAGCUCAUAACCAGGCUCAAUGUUCACAAGAUUUAAUGACAUUUGAAAAGCUGUUCUUGUCAGGUAUGUGAGAACACAGAGCUUUUGCAAGCACACUGAAACUGAACUCUCAUAGGCAGAAAUGGCUGCUGGCUAUAGUCUGCCUCAUCUACUGCUGAUUCACAGCUUUGAUAAUUAUCAGAAACUUCCAUAUUGUUGACCUACAACUUCAAGAAAGGAUUGUAUAGGGUGUAGGUUUGCUGACUGAGCUGUAGGUUUGAUAUCCAGACGUUUCA